UCAUACUUUUUUCUUUUUUUUUUUUUUAGAUUAUAAAAUGGCCAGGAAAAUGAUUUUUGCAACUAGUAACAAGAAGAAACUGGAAGAAGUUAUUGCUGUGUUGGGAAAAUCAUUUCCAUUUCAAAUAGAAAAUCAAAACAUUGAUUUACCUGAAUAUCAAGGUGAACCAAAUGACAUUUGUAUAGCUAAAUGUAAAGAAGCUGCAUGUAUAACCCAAAGUCCAGUUAUAAUAGAAGAUACUUGUUUAUGUUUUAAUGCUUUAGGAGGUUUGCCAGGACCAUAUAUUAAAUGGUUUUUGGAUAAAUUAGGACCAGAAGGUUUGCACAGACUUUUAGAGGGGUGGAAAGACAAAACUGCAUAUGCUAUUUGUACUUUUGCAUUUAGUGAAGGACCAAAUGAAAAAGUGUUGCUAUUUCAAGGACAGACAGAUGGUGAAAUUGUCUAUCCACGUGGUGCUAGUGGAUUUGGCUGGGAUCCUUGUUUCUUGCCAUGUGGAUAUUCCCAAACUUAUGGUGAAAUGUCUGCAGAACAAAAGAAUAGUAUUUCACAUAGAUUUAAAGCUUUACAAGAAUUAAAAAGUUAUUUCGAAAAAUUAUAAAAUAAAGUUAUUUAUUUAUUAUAAUUCUAUUUUAGUGUUAAAUAUUGUUAUAUCAAAAAAAGCAAAGAUUUUUGAGAUGUGCAUAAUUCAUUCUGAUAGUAAAUAAUCAGAAAUGAUUUCUUCACUGUAUUAACAUUAACAUAUCAUUUGUUUAAACUUUUUCUUCAUAAAAGAUUUACAGCAUGUUUUAAUACCCUCCUUGACAGUUUUUCAGCAUUAAAAUUCAAACAAGAAUGAUUGCAUACAUGGCAAUUCUAUAAUUGCAUACACUGUUAGCAAAAGAAUUGUUUGCAUACCACAAAUUUUAAUCACCAAACAAGUAAGGUAAUGUUCAAAACUUACUAAAAUGUAUAUAUUAUAUACUGCAAACCAUAUUGUGUACAGUCGACCCCCCCUAUAACACGGGUUCUUAUAGUUUGGAUUCCUAUAUCAUGGCGAAAAAAUCGCGACAG